UUUAUUCACCGCAGCACAUUUGUGGUACGAUACAACGAUAGUAGCGAUUUUGUCGCGAUUUCGAGCUCACGAAUGUUCGCGCGGUGUAAGUGCGUGGCUAAGUUGCGAGUCUCGAAUAAGUAUUACAACACGACGAACGAAGAUUCGCGACGAGUUUUUCUUUUUCGUACGUAGUACGUUGCUCGUAUUUUCCACAUGAAUGGGAAAAUGGCCUAGCGAUGAUUUUCCAAUCGAGACGUACUCGAAUGUAACCGUAUUAAGAAAAUUCUAUCUUCGUGUUAAUUUUUCUUCUCUGCUUUUUUUUUCAUUUCUCUCUCUCUCGGUAUCGUUAUACUUACUUACGCGAAUUUAAUGGUUUAAUUAUGACGACUAAUGUGCUAUAGUGUGUCGAAGUAUAUACCUCUAGUAAUUCGAGUUAAAUGGUAAUUUUGUCAUCGUGGUGUGGUGAGAGUGUGUAAAAUGUGAUACCUUUAUAUACCUAUCCAUCGAAAUAUUUCGCUGCCUGAUUUGUGGUAUUCGAAGUGCUAUUUUUUAAACGACUGGUAAAUACGUAUUCAGAUUUACCGCACAUACUACAAGUACAUCAGGUGAACCCAUUCAUCGUGUACGAUGGGUACUGAAAAAGAUAAGAUACGCUCUGUGAAGAGCAACAGACCGCCACCUAUACCGCCCAGACCUCAGCAUUUAAUACCGGUCAAAGCGAUCUCAAAGUAUUCGUCUAUGCCGGAUAUUCUUAACGGUUGGAAGAAAGAUACGAAUCCGGAUUUAUUGAAAAUAAACGGUAGCGCAGGAGGCGACGCUUCGACCAUGCAUAAUGGUACGAAAAAAAGCAGCCUAUUCAGUAUAUCUCGCGAAUACCGCGUUAAAAACGCAGUCGUAGAUAACACAGUGGCCGCUGCUGGCACCUUGAAAACCUAUACUUACAAUGGUAACGGCGAUUGUAAUUACGAUUAUAAAACGACGAAGACGGCGACAUCGACACCCGAGAAAGCGGUGACCAUUGCGGCUGCCAACGCUGCCCCUUCUAUCGUUAAUGGAAAAACGCCGUCGAAAAAGUUCAGCUGUAUACCAUCCAGAAGUAAUUCGAAAAAGAAAAAGAAUAUAUUAUCGUCAAUUAACGUUUGUACCAAUGGCAAUGCUACUAAUACGAGUAAUGGUCGCGCGACCAAAAAUCACAACAGUCGUAGCGGCCACUCUAACAGCGGCGCAGAGAUCAGCCAGACGAGCUGGUACGUCGAGGAUGUAGGAAAUACGAUGGUGCAAUUAUCCAAGUGCGAAAUUACCCUAAAUUCCGAUAAUAAUAAUUGCAGAUAUAAAGAACAAACGCACCAGCACCACCAGCAACAACAAGUGGCUCCAGCGACGAAUACCGUUAACAAUAGUAAUAAUAAUAAUUGUAAUAAUUUUACAACCAACAGGCAGCCUCGUUAUAGGCGAUUUCAUUCGCCGAUGACGUCCUCCUCGUCGUUGAGCGGACUGCCGCCGUUACCAAAAAGUCUUAGCGAUGCUAGUCUACUGUGGGAGUCGGCCGAUAAGAAACUAUCAUCGUACUCGAUAAAUUUAUCGUCGUCUAGCUCGAACGCUUCGUCUUGUUCGCGUUCCAGCGGCAGCAGCCAUCAUUCCAAAGUACCAGCGUCACCGUCGUCCAAAACCUCGACAUCGUCAUCAACGGGCACAGCCACUGGACAAACGCAAACUACGGCCAAUGCCAGUGAUGACCAUAGCAUGACGACGACGACGACAUCCUCAGCUCAAUCAGGGGAUGCAGUUCCGCGUGACGAUCAAAAACAGUCUCCGCCACCACCUCCUCCUCGAAAACCGACUUCUUUAGAUAUGAAAUUAGCGAUUUUAAGAAAAGAAAUGCAUGAUCUACGUCAAAUGGAUUUAUCUCUGCUGUCUCAACUUUGGUCGUUGAACGAAGCCAUUCACGAGUUCCGCCAAAUGCAAGAAUCCCUGUCGCCUCAUACACCUUCGUCUCAUUCAUCCGAUGAAGACGAUUGCGAAUGUUAUUACUCGAACGUUGAUCCUCAAGGGGUUAUUAACCAGAGCCAAAAUACCACUGGGUCGAAUUCUUCUAGAUCUAGUGUCAAUACGUCCAGAACUAAUAUUAGAGAGGCGUGAAUUUAAUAUUGUGUACUAUAAAUCAUAUCAUCUCGUCUGUCGUUUUAUAAUUUUUCAUUUUUUUUUUUGCGUAUGCUGUACUGUAUUUUGUAAUUUUUAAGGCAUACUCUUUCUCUCUUCGCGCAUUUUGUUUUGUAGUUUGUAAUUUCGUAAUAAAUUUAAUCGAGUGCUUGUA